AUGGCUGCGCCGACGCCGAUGAUCGCGAUCGCGGGCGUGGCGGCGCUGGCGACGGCGCCGGAGCCGGAGCUGCUCUCGCGCGCUCUGGCGGGCGGCGCGCUCUGGCCCGCGCUCGCGGGCGCGCGGCCAGCACCGCCAACGGCAGGGCCGGCCUUCUCCGGCCCCUUCGACCCCUUCGCAUCGGCCGCCUUGACGGGCGCCUGGUUCUUGGCAGCUCCCGACGCCGCGGACGCCUUCGCAGGGGGCGCGCCUUUCCCGGCGGCCUCCUUUGUCGCCGCCUGGGCGGGCGCGGGCGCCCGCGCCGGCGCCGGCGCCGGCGCCGGCGAGGCGCCCCUGGGGCUCGCAGGGGAUGCGUAA